AUGAUCACUAUACGAUUACGAGCGGAAAAUCAAAUAGUUGACGACACAUGCCCAGAAGCGCCGCCAGAAGACAGAUUACCCACCAAAGAGGAGCUUCAAGCAUUACUUGAGAAGUCAGCGAGCGAGGAUCAUUUGUAUCCGAAAGAAAUACGUAAAAAGCGUCAGAUCUCACGCCAAAGUUACCAAGAAUACUUGGACAACCUUGCAAAAGCUGACUACGAUGUACGAUGGGAGGAGGGUUGGCAAAAUAUUCUGUAUCCAUUCGGGGGCUGGGCCCUAGAUGAGCAAUUGAUGGGCCAAGCUGGCAGGGAAACGCAAGCUAACCUGGGAUUCGAUUGCCCGUUUUUCGGAUUCAGAUUUAAUUAUACCUUUGUUUACCCAUCCGGCUUCAUCUCUUUUGCGCAACCGCCAUUCUUCACUCCACCCUUUACAUUCCCGAACCCAGCUUGGCCAAAACAGCGAGAUCAUUCCUUCAUUGCCCCAUUCUAUGCCGAUUCGAUGUUCCAAUGGAUUGGCAGCACCAAGGUUUCGAACGUGUUCUUCAGAUCUGUACAUCGGCCGAGGAAUGACAAUGACGAUUUGUAUGAUUCAACGCUGGACAAUAAUGAUUAUAAUUAUAAUCAGCAGAAUAACCCCUACGGCCAGCAAGCCAUGCAAAGUUACAACCAGAAUCCUUUACUGAACUUUCAACAGCAGCAACAGUCCUUCACCAAUCAGAAUCAGCAAGCGCAAUUCGGUGAAUCGUUUGGAAAUUAUGGGAAGCGAAAGAAACGACAGAUGCCUGGAAGGGUUUCUCAGCCAGGAAUGGUAAUCGAUCCGCUAUUGUUGGACAACAUCACACAACAUGUCCAAGAAGGGUAUACAGGAGCCAAUGGUUGGAGGGCUGAGCACGCCUUCAUUGUCACCUGGUAUCGGAUGGCCUACGGUGGGGCGCCGAGAGCGCUGGAUGUAUCACAAUUUGAACAUGUGAAGGAUUGGCAAAAUACGUUUCAAGUGGUACUGGCUUCGGAUGAAAUUAGAUCAUUUGUAAUUUUCAAUUAUGCCCGACUAAAUUGGACGUCUAGUAAUGAAGCAGGAGGCCUGAAUGGGUUCGGAGGAAAACAAGCGGCAAUGGCCGGGUUUAAUGGUGGUAACGGAACUGGCUGGUAUGCCCUUCCGUACUCCGGCCAUGGUCGUAUCUGGAAGCUGGGAUACUUUUCGAAUGUUCUGACCCCUGGAAGAUGGGUCCAUCGUGUUGACGAGCUAAUUAUUCCUGCUGGAUGCACAAAUGCAUCUGACGGAGGUGUUGUAACUGCACCGCCAGUUGGUCCAAUGCAAGGAGGCGUGGCUAUAAAUAUCUCUGGCCCUUGCCUACGUGAAAAAGAUGUUGUAAAGGUCACGUUUGAAUCAUGGGAAGUCAAUUGUAAAAGGAUCAGUCGUGUCCGAGCCCGAUGCAUCAUGCCAAUGUUCCAUAAGACUGGAAUGGUUCCAAUUCGUAUGUCACGAGAUGGCGGGCAAAGUUUUCCUUUCUUCGGAAAAUUCUAUGUUGCGGUUCCCAGCCGUGCUGCAUCAGCUGUUUCAUUGAUAGAUGCGGUGGACAUAUCACAAAAUCGGUGGUAUCAACCUUAUGCGGAUACGUUGAAAAUGGGCUGGCAAGCGCUCAAUUUAACGUAUAAUCUUGGUACCAGGGUUGAUAUAUCGUUGUAUGGAUAUUGGGAGGAUGCUGAUAGAUCGCAUUUCGAGAAGAUUGAUUACUUGGCAAAAGGUGUGGCCAACAGUGGAACCUACGAGUUUAAACCAGCCCAGCUACAACGCCAUCGAUUGCUCGUGGAUGCGUGGAAGAAGUUUCAUUUCGGAUUCGUCCAAGUUUCGAUCACCGAUGUUGAAGAGGGUGUCCUUUGGAGCAAACCGACACCUUUCCCAUGGUUCCACGUUGAUGAUUGGCGAUAUCAUUGGGGAAAGAAUUGGGCGCUGGACAUGUGCAUCGACUGGUUCGAGUAUGAUGGACGCAGGCGAAACUUCCAAAUCGAUUUGACGAAAGAACUGCCAUGUCCAUGCAAACUUUCACAGGCCCUACUGGAUGUCGGUCGCUUUAUGCCGAUAAUGAAUUGCGACAAGGAUGGAAACAUGGAAUGCCCAUUCAAUAAGGGAGCUCAACAUUGUAUUCAAAGUGCUACCGCAACUUGGACCGGCUCAGCUCAACAAUGCUGCUACGAUUGGGAUGGUUUCCUUAUGUUCACUGAUGAUUGGGAACCGGAUGGUGAUUACAGCCGAUUCUUCCAACCUGGCACCCCGGCCCGCGCCCAUGCCUUUGGAGCGAGACCUUAUUUAAUGCCUCCCUUUAUUCCUACUCUUUCGCAUUACCAACUCGAUGAAUUACCAUAUAGGAUGUGUUGCCAAUGGAGUGACCAUUGCGAAUUUUACUAUUGGCGCCGAAUGACGAAUGGCUGUCAGGACUACAGAGCGCCAGCUGCUGGUUACAUCUACGGUGAGCCUCAUGUACAUACAUUUGAUGGAAUCAGCUAUACAUUCCCCGGAAAGGGCUAUUUUGUGCUCAUGAUGAACGAAAAUCCAAAGAAUAGGCUGAUGAUCCAGAUCCGUCUGGAGCAACCAGACGAUACUCUUUGGAGAUCCCAUGUAAAUGCGACCGUAAUCACUGGUGUCGCGAUUCAAGAUGGUGACGGCUCUGUAGUUCAGGCCUUUGCCCGUAAAUCAAUGCGUCGCUGGCGUUAUCGUAUGGAUGUGAUCGUUGAUGGUACGCCUCGCUACUUUGACAUGCCGUUUUGGAAGUAUCAACAAUUCAAUCGUCUGAGCGUCCGAAAUCCGCUACAGAACAUGAACCAAUCGGAAGUGGUUGUAAUGACGGCCAGCGGUGUGGGGAUUCGGAUAGGAGAAAGCUACGGGAUGCUCGACGUUAUGGUGACACUCCCACCAAAUUACAACACCACUUGCCGGCCCGGACAGACGAUGGCCAAUCAAAAUCUGAAUCUACAGACGUCAACUAACCCUAAUGAUCGUUGCUACACAACAUUGGGGCUGUUAGGUGUCUACAAUAAUGAUCCUGCCGACGAUCUCUCAACAAUAUCUGGACAAACUGUCAGAACGCAAGGCGACACCCAUACAGCUCAAACCACGCAAAUGAUCUAUGAUCAAUUCGGAACCACAUGGAGAAUCGACGGUAAAAACCCAAGAAUCGGAAACCUUCUGUUCUCCGAAAAAUACAAGCCAAUCUACAAUCCACUGCUGUUCGCUGAGACAACAUACGUUCCGACUUACUGGCCAGCGAAUAUUUUGAGCCUGAAUGCAAGCCGGGUCUUUUCGAUGGAGCAGGUAACUGUUGCUUGCCAAGGUCUACCCCAGUGUGAAUAUGAUUAUAUUAUGACCGGGCGUAAGGAGGUCGGCUUACAAACCCUCGAAAAGCACAAAAAUUUUCUAUCUUUGACCAGGAAGGGCAGUGUCCAACUGCAAUCCUGUGGGCCAUUAUUGAAGAAGGAAGGCGUUAUCAAGACGCCCCCGGCAGCCAACUAUUUAGAGGGCGAUAAAGUUGUAUUCUCGUGCAAACCAAAAUACUUUAUUCAUGGAGAUAUUGAACGAACCUGUCACAAUGGUACUUGGUCACCAGGAUGGUGGGCAUGGUGUCGAGAUCGCAAUCUCGAGUAUGCACUGAAAUGGAUGACAGCGUUGUUGUCAAUUUUUGGAAUUGUAAUGGUGUUUAUCAUUUUCUACUGUAUCCUAUGGGAGUUGCGAAAGAAGAGGGUCGCCGAGAAGCUUGAAGCCGGAAAGAGGAAGGAUAUCUCGAAACGGUCUUGGAAUGGCGGGCAUGGCUCUUCUACAGCCAACACCCAAUCCACUGGCAAACCGCCGAUCGACCUUUUAGAUGAACAAUCAAUACGACCACUUUCGGUUCCUUUAGGAGCAAGAACAGAUUAUGCGACCUACAACAAACCCCCUAUGGGUGCUGAUCUCGUAGCCCCAUCGCCAUUUGUUCAAAAUGCAUUUUACGAUGAAUGGGGGCAGCCCCCAACGAAUAGAAUUGCAACGGUAGACCGGCGCAACGAAUAUCCCACAAACCAACCGUCUUUCCAGCCUCCAUUUGGCCCGCAGAGCAGUCAGAUC